AUGGAAUUCUAUCACAUCGUAGCGCCAUCGCCCCGCCAAGCUCAUCAAAGACUUAGAUCAGAAUAUCAGGAUAUGAAGACGACCCGUUCCAAUUCUGGGACAGAUCUGUCAAGGUCCAAAAAGGCUAAGUUUCCUCAUAGCGCUUUUCAGAUAGGUAACGAGUCGCCUGUACGGCGCCCAAAAUCAGCGACGCCACUGCACUCAUCCAAGAUUCAACAACAGGAAGCAUUCACAGAGCUCAUCAACAAACGUUUACAUCAUUAUAAUUUAGAUUAUGUGGAAAGUAAGGAAGAGCACUUAAAGCACAUAUAUGACCCCCUCUCAAGGUGGUUUUGUCGGGAUGUGAAACCGGCCUUUGUUGUUGAGGACUGUCUUCCAUACCGAAUUGAGAGCCACAAAGAGCAAGCCAAGUAUUUGUGCCAUGUGUUGGUCAAUUUAUACAUUUCAGUCAGCUCCCUAGACAUCCAAGGUCUUAUAUCGAUAUCAAGUAAGGAUUUGGCCGAUCUGGAGGUCGAGAUUGACAGCUUAGCACUCAACACCGAUAUGUUCAAAUUAUCCAGCGAUGAGGAUUCCUCAUUUAACGAUAUCCAGAACUUUGAUGAAGAUGAGGAUGACGAGUUUGACGAGUUCGUCGAAUUAGACGGACUCAGUUUCAACGCCACUGGGAAAAUCACCGCUAGGUCAGCAAGGGUAAUCAAUGUCAAUCACUGGGCAAAUGAACUUAAAAAUUGCCUCCACUUUGAGAUUCCCAUAAGUCUGAGGAAGAUCCUAGCCUCCAUUUUCUAUUGUCUUUCAUUAUUACAGGGACAAAAAGUCUAUCGACCAAUGUAUGUCGACUUAUUUGAGGCUCUGGUAAGUACUGACGAUGAGGGCACGGAUUUCACUCAGCUAUUGCUAGAAGCAGGAUUAGAAAUAGAUUACAAACCGAUGAAGAUGUUCCUCGAUGAAUUUUUGCCCUCAGCUGACGCGGAGUAUACACGCUUUGAAAUUUCUAGCAAGGCUGAUAACCAGCUUUUUAGGCUGCUUCUAAAACUUGCCCACAUGGCAAAGCCGUUUUACAACCACAAGGCUGACAUUCUCAAGGAGACAAUGGAUCAUUUUAUUUCUAGUUUGUCGCCAUUGACUUCUUUCAGCGUAUUUCCUAUUAUAACUUCCUUCGUCCCGUACCACUAUCAAGAGAACGUGAAAAUCACAGACUAUUUUCCUUUUCUCUUCACAUUGUGGACCACAACUACGCCAUCGAUUGGCUUUGAUACUCAUUUUUAUGACUUUGUUGGGUGCAUCGCAGAGGAUGCACACCAUCAAUUACUACAACAAGAACAACCCAGGCUAGAAAAAGUGAGUCAAGUGGCUUUUGGUGAUUUUGGUUUGUUAACGGUGGACCAAAUUGACUUCAUUUUUAAUAGGGUCCAGAACCAUUUAAGAAAUGAUUUUCAAAUUGUCUCAUUUAGCCGGACUGUAAGGCCCCUGAUCUACUCCAUCAAUGGUUUACAUAACCAGGAAUACUUUGCUAAGUUACAAGAACUUCUAAAGUCGAUCGAGACAUUCGCUCAUCCCUCGAAUAAUGGACCGUGGACUAAGGUGAUAGCCAAGUUCGUGCAUGGAUUUAUCAAGAUGUACCAUCAGAGGGUCAAAUUUGAAUCAAAUGAUAAGGCGAAGUUCAGGGCUCCUUUGAAACUGAAUAAGGCAUGUCAUCAGCAUCUUCUGGGCAUUUUUCGCAACGUGAUAUUCCUUGGGGCUCAAAAUAAAAAUCCUGAUAUGGCAAAUUACUAUAUUUCAUGUCUGGCCUAUAUGCUUGACAUAGAAAGCGAUAACAAGUACCUCCUGCUCGAUAGGGUUCUCCUCGACUUGUACGAUUCCCUGGGUGACCUUUACAUCCAUUCGGCCCACCGUCUAGUAUCAUCGCUUAAGCAAUUUACGAAGGCGGCUAGGUUUAUGAUUGAAGAACCCUUGUUUCGCGUUCAUAUAGUCAACCUUCUAUCCUUACUAGUGGCCAAAAUAGAUUCCAAUGAUUUGACGCUGACGAGUAACGUCAUCAAUUGCAUUGUCUCCAUUUCUUCAUUUAUACCAUUGGAAAAUUUGAUAUCUGAAGGCGAAUAUCUGAGCUUCGAAUCCCAUACAUUACCGUUCAUUCAAGAGCAUAUUUUCUUUAUCAAAGAGGGCGGCUCGUCUCACGAGUUCCACUAUGAUGGUUCAGCGAUGAAAGCAGCUUUUAAGGCAUCGACCACAAUUUUUGAAAACAUACUCAAAGUUUACCUAGAUAAGGUCGUACAGUUAGUUGACUGUGAUUUGGAAGAGGGUUUUAUCAGCAAGUUGAACCAAACUACAAUGAUAAUGAUUGAAUCCAUGUCUGAUUCCACAUUCAAGUAUUUCGCCGACGCGCUAGAGAGAACUUUCUGGGAGAAUGACUAUUUCAAAGAACAGGAACCAAAUUACGAAUUUUUAACCAUACCACUAGGUGCUAUUGUGAGAAGAGACAGCACUUUAGGUAGAAGAUUAUUUGACAGCCUAGCGCUCAAUAUCCGGGACCAAAUCCAAAGGGGUGCUGGCUCAGUUAGAAGCUCGUCUGAAAUCCAACACCGAGAUGUAAAGUUAUUAACAUAUUUGACUGCUCUCAGCGAUAUUUUGAGACAGUCGCGCUCAUCGAUGUUAAACUACAAACAUGAGAUUAGAGAGCUUUUGUUCUUUAUUUUUGAUAACAUCUCAAAUCCUCCACUUGAUGUACACACUUCCCUGAUUUUGCACAAUGUUCUGACAAGCUUAUGCUCCACAGAAGUUGUGGAUUAUCGACUCUUUCCAAAUGACUGUACUCUCUCCGGUGAAGAAAAGUGGGGAGGCCUACAAUUCAGCUCUGUAAAGUUUUCUAAAGAGAUGACAAGUUUCGAGUGGCAUAUUCCAACUGAACAAGAAGUGGAAUUUGCCACGGAGCUGUUAGAAGAGUUUACCGACUACUGUUCAAGGAAUAUUGAUGAAAUGAUGGCAUCACCUGUGAAAGAUUCAUCUUGUAGUGAUAGGAUGAAAAAGUAUAUUUUGAUCAUCACACACACUCUUUCAGGAUCGAGUUUAUUGUUUGACGCCGAAUACAAUAAACACAAGACGGAGCUUUUUCCCGUGGACCCUUACAAGAAUAAAUUAUUACUGCUAAAAAGUAUCAGGGAUAAACAAUGCGAUACUGAGGAAUUGAAUGUUGACGUUGAGCAUGCCAGGAGCGACCCUAGUAACGAGUCAGAUGUUGAAUUGUCUGCUGAGCUGUCCGAAGAUGCUCUGGAUGAAAUCCACAUCACAGAGCAAGGUGGAGAAGUAGACGAAGCCACUUAUAUGUUUGAUGACCCAUCUUCCAAUGUUCCUUCUGGAAUUGCCACUCCCGAACCUGGUUUGCAUCACGGGCACUAUGGUGUAGAUUCGAAUCUAAGUGGCGCCUUGAUGUUUAGAGAUUUGGAUAUUUUUUGCUGCAACUACUUUUUUGGGCCCGAUCCGCGAAAAAAGUUGGAUAAUAAGAUGUAUCUCAAAAUACAGUUGACUAGGUCAAAGAUUGGUGCUCUUUUUCACAAGCUAUUUAAGUUCUUCUCUGCCCACUUUGAAGACAAUACGAUACUGUUUAAAAUUUUGUUGCAUGGAAUAAAGGUCUGGUUCACUGACAUAGGGCAAGAGACAAUGUUCAAUGAGGAACCGGCCUCGGUCUUGGACAUGGACUUUUUGGAAAACAUCCAGAACAUAUCUCAUGUCCGCGAGCCUUACACUAGGACUUGCUUGGCCGCGAAAGCACAUAACCUUCAUGAAGCUAGAGUUCUUCUGCAUUCAACUAACAGAGUACCUUCAAGACUAGAGAGAGUACUGCUAAGGGACAUUUUAAAGCUCUCUAUGUCGCUUUAUCCCAAUAUAUUCAAAGCCGCCCAAGGAUGUUUGGUGCUGACCAUGAAGCAGUUAGUAGGAUCAUAUCCAAUUGUUAUAAAGCAUCUAAUAGAGUCUCUUGAGAAGGCCCUGAAAAAUGGAGAACACAAAAAAGUUGAAGUUAUACUAGAGGUAUUGUUGAUCAAGAAGAUACAUCGAAAGGUUAUGUCGGACUUCAAAAAUCUUGAGCAUAUUGCGAGACUUUUGAUCUGUUGCUGUAGGGUCAAAGACUUCGAGGUUUCCAAGAUUGCAGACAGAAUACUGACCGAUAUUUCAGUCGGCUUGAAAAUACCAUCUAGUGUCUGCUUACUAGAUUUGACCAAGAUCGAACAACUAGGGCCAAUAGAUGACUCGAUUACCCAGCAGGUUUCUGCUGUUCGCAAGGCGAAAGAGGGCAAACGUAAAAGCUUCAUUGUGCUUUUGGAAAGGUUCCAAACUUUUUUGAUAGGUCUUUUAGAAUCUGACGAAGAGUUAGGAUGGAAGAUCCCUGUUACUGUCAUGAAAUUGACAUCAAAAUUGCAAUCCAGCCUGGAACUCACUCCGAAUAAAGACAUUUUACCAAGGAUUUUAGACCUCACCAAAACAAAACAUCCAACCAUGAUUCAUCUGGCAAUUAAGAAUUUCCUCAAUAUUUGCAAUAAAAUAAUCUCACUAGGAGGUUGUCGGUAUGAUCUAAAGAAUGCUUUCGAUUUCAACUUUUUGAAAAGCGACUUUGAACUUGUCGACACAAGCGUUGACGGCUUCCGGGCCGCCUUUAAUCGUGAAAUGCAAAAUUUUACAAAUCCAAAGUACUACAUUGAUUCGAAAGCAUACGUUGGAUAUGUCACUUGGGGAAGACCUAUGAAAGUCCUUAAAAGUGAUUCAUUCUGUAAAUUUGAUUUGAGGGAUCAAGAAAUGAAUUGUCUUCGAGAAUUUGGGCACCUGAUCAGUAAAGAAUGGGUUGCAGAUAUCUGCCAGAUUUUGAUACAGGACAAUGAGAGCAGAGGAGUUUUCAGCAGCUGUAAUAUUGAGUUCUUUGAACUGCUUGUCUCUUUGAUCUCAAAUUCCUGCACAAACCUCGAGUAUGAUGACUUGUUAGAACUUUGCAAAUCACUUUACGAUAAGAGCGACAAACCCUCGAUGAUCAUGUCUGCAGAAAUGAUUGCAGGGCUUUUCAUGGCUUCCAAGGUUACAACACAGCAGGACCUUCAAAAGCGAGAUGUUUUUUUAAUGAAUUUCCUGGAUGAUUGUUUGGAUCACGAGUUGAAUCAGGAUGCAGUGGAUAUAUGGUCUAUUUUGUGUUGGUGGCUUCCUACUUCUGUUGAUGUAAGGAGGUGCUGGCCAUUUUAUAAAAAGAUCUUUGACAUAAAGGAUGUCUUAGACACUGCUUCAGAUUCGUCUGCUGAUCAAGCUUCCAAAAUUACGCUGUUAAGAAAUACAAUUUUAAGUUUGGACUUCAGAACGCCGAACGCAGGUGAAAUACUAUCGUAUUUGGUGGUCGAUCACCCAUAUGACCAAGUGCGUCAGGCGAUUUCCAAGCUCUUGUCGACCCUCCUACAAAGCCAGCUUUAUCCUUCUUUCCCCACCGUUCGUGAAUUGGUACAGUAUACGACGAAUGGAACGGGACUGGGGCGAAUGAUAAGAAGGGUACCUCCAGAGUUUGAUCAGAAGCUGAAGGACAUGUUUGAGACCAUAGAGGGAGAAAGACUGAAGAUAUUCGAACUCCCAGCCCACGAAAUUCUGAAGACGAGAUACUAUUAUUUGGCAGCGACGAUGCUCAAUUGGGUUUUGGAGUUAAUGAAGGGACACAACAGUGUGGUUUUAGUCCUAUAUUUGGAACAUUACUUGGCUCCAUUCUUGAUGAAUCUUAUUAAGAUGAAGGACGUCUGCAACUUAGCCAAUCUAGAGCCGACUGCGUGCUACAUUGCUAUUUCUUUCUGGUCGCUCAGGCAAGAAUACAUGCCGGUAGUUAUGUCAUUGAUCGAGAAAAUGCCAUUGGAGACAUCGCACGAACUACGUGUGCAGCUUGUGUUUGUUGAAAACUUCUAUUCUAAAAACAUGUUGCAAUUAUCUGCGGAACAAAAAGAGUCCAUACUUAAGUUUGUGGUCAAACAUAUAUACAAUGAAAGUUUUGUGGAGGUGCGCUUGCGGGCCGCAGAAACUUUGUCUGGAAUAAUCCACACUUUGAGCGACACCAACAAACCAUCGGAGCUCAUCAAUGAGUUCGCUCGUGGGUUGGGGUCACACUCUUUUGCGUCCAAAAAGAAGCUUUCCAAAACUGAUUACAAAAUCCAUGGCUCUGUGAUCGGUUUAGGAGCUGUCGUGUCUGCAUUCCCAUAUGCUUUUCCAUUACCUACAUGGAUUCCAAGCCAGCUAAGUGGACUUGCUUCAUGGGCCAGAACUAGUGGCAUGUCAGGUGCAGCCGCUAAAGAGAUUAUCAGCGAUUUUAAGAAGGUAAGAGCAGAUACUUGGCAUCUCGACAGAGCAGCCUUCACUCCCGAGGAACUAGAAGAUCUGGAAGGUGUUUUAUGGAGGAGUUACUACGCUUGA